AUGCUCGCGCUCGCCUUCACGUGCACGGCGCUGCUCGUGCUCGUGCUUUGCGGAUCGAUUCAUUCCGAGAGAUCAGCGCCGCUCCUGAUCGCAGAGAACAUGUGGCCUCGCGGCUGUGUCCUGGACUGCCAGAGGGGGCGCCACCGAGCCGUGUGCGGCAGUAACGGCAGGUUGUAUAAAUCGAUGUGCGCCUUCCAGAGGGCGCAGUGCAUCAACACACAUCUACGCCUGGCUCCACGUGCACACUGCUCAGAUCGGACUCAGUCUAAAUGUCAGCUGGCUCGGGCUCAGGCGCUGGAGGCCAACACCCGCGGCAGCAGCAGCAGCAGUCAGGUCAGUCCUGCAGCUGCCAUGUUUGUUCCCGAGUGUCAUCCCGACGGUCACUUCCUGCCAGUGCAGUGUCACAACCAGACCGGAUACUGUUGGUGCUCCACGCCGGACGGGAAACCUCUCAGCGGGACCUCCGUCCUCCACCUGACCCCCAGCUGCUCCGGUCAGACAUGUUUUUCUCUCUCUUCUCCUGUUCCAGAUGAAGCGGACGAGCCGGGGCCGACGCUGGAUCCCAGGAAACCUGCAGAGCUCACAGCUCCGCCCAUCUGGGUGACCAUCCUGAUGAACUCCGUCCGACGACCCACAGACAGUCCUCAGACUUGUGAGCGUGAGCGAGCGGCGCUCCUCUCUCAGAUGCUUUCAGCCUGGCAGGAGGAGCGAUUUAUCCCAGAAUGCACUGCAGACGGGCGCUACAGCCCGGUGCAGUGUCACACUGCUACAGGUUACUGCUGGUGUGUGCGGGUGGACAGCGGGCGGCCACUGUCAGGCACCUCGGCAAGGAAUCGUAUCCCAGACUGCACCGGGGCAGAGGAGGCUCCGGACAGAGCCGACCGGAGGUUCAGGGACAAACCGCUGCCUGGAUGUCCUGGAGCUCGUAAGGAGCAGUUCCUGCAGAGUCUGAUCACAGCGCUGCAGCUGGAAGCGAAGCAUGCUGGGAGUCUGAGUCCUUACCAGGCUGCAAACACACCUCCUUCUAAUGCUCCCUCUCUUUUCACAAACCCUCCAUCCUCCACCACUCCCUCCUCCUCCUCCUCCUCCUCCUCCUCCUCUUCCUCCCCCUCCUCCUCCUCCUCCUCCUCCGUCGCUCCUGAGGCUGUGGACUCCUCGGGCCCAGAGGAGGUGCUGCGGUGGCACUUCUCUCGUCUGGACGUGGACUCCAGCGGCGUGCUGAGCGAGCGAGAGGCUCGACCUCUUCGUCACUUCCUGCGACGCCGUCUGAAGCCGCGACGCUGCGCCAAGAAGUUCUCUCAGUACUGCGACCGAGACGGAGACCGAGGCCUGACGCUGGAGGAGCUGAGGGGCUGCCUGGUGCUCUGAGGUCGAAGCCACAGAGACAAAUCACCCGAGGCCGAAGGUCGUUUCCUCUCCCUCCUCUUCAUCAAGUCACUGAAACGUCAUCCUUCACUUCCAGCUCGGAUUGACAGCUGAUCUUCAUCCAUCGUCUUCAUCACCGGAUGUUUUUCACUUGUCUUCCUUUUGUCGAUGUUUCAGAUUCAUCACAAGGUUCAACAUGACGAUCCACUUCCUGUCUCAUGUCACAAACUGUGUCUGUGUGGUCACAACAAAUCUAAUUCAACCUUCAACUAUUUAUUUCACACCUCGGUGAUAUUUGUGUGUGUUCAUGUGUUCAUUUGUGUCACUGAUGUUUCCGUCCCUCCUUCUCUGAAUCCUUCCCUUCUUUCCUUUCCUUUCCUUCACCCUCCCUUCCUGUCUUUCCUGCCUCCUUCUGCACAACCCCUUCCAUAAACUCACUUGUC